AUGGAAUGGUUUAUCUCUCAAGACAUUAGCCGAUGGAAAACAUGGGAAGAAAUGGCAAGUUCAUUCAUGGAAAGAUUCCGCUUCAAUGUGAAAAAUGUGCCUGAUCGCUUCUCAUUGGAGAAAAUUCGUCAGAAAUCGACUGAAACCUACCGAGAAUAUGCUAGUCGCUGGAGAGACGAAGCGGCGCGUGUGCAACCACCUAUGACUGAAGCUGAGCUGGUAGCCGCAUUCAUACGGUACCAAGAAGCUGAUUGCUUUGACAAAAUGAUAACUAUGAAAGGGAGUUCCUUUGCAGAUUUAGUCGCCGUUGGGGAAGAUAUCGAAGAUGGCCUCAAGACCGGCAGGAUUGUUAGUGUACUAAAUAGAUCAGGUGCGUCUGGCGCCACAGGUGGCAAAAAGAAAAGAGAAGAUAUAGCCUAUGUUUCUAGAACUACUAGCCCAAAAAGCCAAGGAAAAGAGAUGACCCACAAAAAUCCAGAUAACUACCAAUCACCUCCACCAACCAACUAUAUAACCACUUCACCCCAAUAUAGCCCAAUGUCUGUGUGCUACGCACAACCCGGCUACCAAGCUCCACAACCAAAUUAUCAAAUACCAGCACCAAGCAACCGAGCUCCACGACCAAAUUAUCGAAUGCCAGCACCCAAUAACCAAGCUCCACAAAACCAGACUUUCCAAAACCAGCCUCCACCAGCAAACUAUGAGGCACCCCAAAAGAAACCUAUGAGAGCAUUCACUCCUUUGCCAGAAUCAAGGACAAGUUUAUUUGCCAAGCUAAGAGAUGCCGGGCGAAUAAGCGUUGUUCCACCAAAACCUGCUAAUCCCACGGAUCGAUGGUACAGGCCAGAUUUCACUUGCGCCUAUCAUUCUAACCAAGUUGGCCAUGCCACCGAAUAUUGCAUAAACCUAAGGCACAAACUACAAGAUAUGAUUGACAAUCAUGAGCUUAUCCUAGAACCAACACCUCCAAAUGUGGACACAAAUCCGCUCCCAAAGCAUGGAGGAAACCAAAUUCACAUGAUAGAAAGAGGUGAUGAAUGGGAAGAGAGCCCUGCGAUAAUUCGUCCAGAUAUUGAAGGGUUAGAAAGCACCGUCGCCUCGUUGUCUUUACAAGAGCGAAAAGAAGUGUUAAGCCCUUUGACAAAGAAAUCUGAGACAUCUGCUAUAGCCAAAAGAGAGCCUUUCGUGCUCAAAUAUCCCUCAACAGUCGCUCGAAUUCAUAACGAGCCAUUCAUACUCAAAACAUCAGGAUCAAUUGAGAAUGCACCCUUUGUGAUCAAACCACCGCACCAAAUGAUGAUCAAUAAAGAAAAAGAGAUAGCUGUUGUGGUUCAGGGUAUGACCAGGUCAGGAAGGUGUUAUGCCCCAGAAGAACCUGUGCUCGAAGCGCCACGUCGCGAAAACCCUCAGAAAAGACCAAUCACCGAAGGCGAAGCUGAAAACUUCUGGAGGCAAAUGCCAGUCAAGGAUUAUUCGAUUGUUGAGCACCUGCAUAAGACUCCUGCCAGGAUAUCGGUAAUGUCAUUGCUACUCAGUUCAUCUCAACAUCGCUUGGCCUUGAUGAAAGCUUUGGAUGAAGUCCAAGUGCCCGCCGGCACUACAAGUGAAACAUUGGCCGAAAUUGUGGGGUAUGUUGUGCGAGCACAUAGGCUAUCAUUUUCUGAUGAUGAAUUACCAAAGGAAGGGAAGUCCCACAAUAAAGCCCUGCACAUAACAGUCAAAUGCCGUGACAAGAUUAUCCCUCAAGUACUGAUUGAUGGAGGAGCUGGGUUGAAUGUAUGCCCUGUGACGACUCUGAAACAACUCGGGUAUGAUAUUGGCAAGAUCCGUCAGAGUCGAACCAAUGUAAAAGCUUAUGAUGGCGCAACCAGCGACCCAAUUGGAGAAAUAGAUCUACACAUACAAAUGGGCCCCGCGGAGUUCGUAGUGGAGUUCGUCAUCAUGGACAUCAAAACAAGCUACAACCUAUUGUUGGGCCGACCAUGGUUGCACGCCGCCGGAGUUGUAGCAUCUUCGUUACACCAGUCUCUCAAAUUCAUAUGGGAUGAUCAAGAAGUCGUGAUUCACGGCAAAGGAAGUGUCCACAACUAUCCGGAUAACUCUGUACCAGUCAUAGAGAAAUCACCAGUUGGUGCUGAUUUUCACACUGUUGAGCUAGCCAUGAUAGAUCGUAGGGGAGAUGAUGAAGAUAUCCCUAUGCCACUGGUCUAUAAAAUGGUUGCUACAACUAUGAUAAGGAGUGGGUUUGAACCCGGGAAAGGUCUGGGAAAGAACUUACAAGGAAUCAGAGAACCAGUGAGUAUCAAACAUGGGAAGUAUCGAUUUGGGGUUGGAUACGAGCCAUGUGAGGCAGAAGAAGAAGAAGAAGCAGAAUAUGGGCCAAGAGGUCCCGUUGAAAUGAGAAAGUCGUUCCCUCAUCUAUACCAGUCCUUCACAGCAUGCCCAUUGGGUCACAACAGCGAGGAUCCAGAAGAGGGUUUAAGGACGUUGUUUUGGGAAGAAGAAUGCGCAACCAUCAUUGAAGAAUGCUUUGAAGCAUUAGAGAUUCGCCAUGCUGAACCAGGAGAGACAACAAGUGGAUGGACUUCUACCCCGUUGUUCACUCUGCGUAAUAAUACAGAGGCCACAAAUAAUGUCAUGACAUGUUACGAAACAAGUAAAAAUGACGACGAACAAAAUGACGAUCAAGAAGAAGAGAUAACUGAACCGAAAGGGUUGAUAGAUGUCGAAGAAGAAUACGAGAACAGACCAACGCUAAACCUAGAGGAAAAAAGAGGAGUUAAUCUAGGAAAUGAAGAGUUGGUUCGGGAAACUAGAAUAAGUGUGCAUUUGACGAAAAGCCGAGAAAGAAGGAAAAUCAGGCAGCCUAAGCCUGAUGUCAGCAUCCGAAUUAAAGAAGAAGUAGAAAAACAGAUUCAGUCGGGGGUUGUUGAGGUGACACCGUACCCGACAUGGUUGGCAAACAUAGUCCCGGUACCAAAGAAAGAUGGGAAAAUAAGGAUUUGUGUGGACUACCGUGAUCUUAACCGCGCUAGCCCAAAGGAUAAUUUUCCACUCCCGAACAUUCACAUACUCAUUGAUAACUGCGCCAAGCAUGAGGUGCAAUCUUUUGUGGAUUGUUACGCGGGCUAUCAUCAGAUAUUGAUGGAUGAAGAAGAUGCUCAAAAGACGGCAUUCAUCACACCAUGGGGAGUGUAUCAUUAUCGGGUAAUGCCUUUUGGACUCAAGAAUGCCGGCGCUACUUACAUGAGGGCGAUGACCGCCAUCUUUCAUGAUAUGAUGCAUAGAGAGAUUGAGGUAUAUGUGGAUGAUGUCGUCAUCAAAUCCCGAGUGGGUGAGGACCACCUCGAACAUUUAAGAAGAUUCUUUGACAGACUCCGCAAGUACGAUUUGAAGUUGAAUCCUGCAAAAUGCGCAUUUGGAGUGCCUGCUGGAAAAUUACUAGGAUUCAUAGUCAGUCGUCGUGGUAUUGAGUUAGAUCCCACCAAGAUCAAAGCAAUCCAAGAACUACCACCGCCAAGAACAAAGAAAGAGGUCAUGAGUUUCUUAGGAAGGUUGAAUUACAUUGGACGCUUCAUCGCCCAGUCCACAGUAAUCAUAGAACCAAUCCUCAAACUCCUCAAGAAAGAUGCUCCAACUAAAUGGACGGAGGACUGUCAGAAAGCCUUUGACACAAUCAAAAGAUACCUGUCAAAUCCACCCGUUUUGGUCCCGCCAAGGCCGGGAAGUCCUUUGCUGCUAUACAUGUCAGUAUCAGAAAAUGCUUUUGGAUGCAUGUUGGCACAAAAUGACGAAACAGGCAAGAAAGAGAGAGCCAUCUAUUACAUCAGUAAGAAGUUCACACCCUGUGAAUCUAGAUAUUCCUUGGUGGAAAAGACGUGUUGCGCUCUAACCUGGGUAUCUCAGAAGUUGAGACAUUAUAUGGCUGCAUACACGACCCAUUUGAUCUCAAGAAUGGAUCCACUAAGGUACAUCUUUCGCCAGCCUAUGCCCAUAGGGAAGUUGGCCAAAUGGAAAAUGCUAUUAAGUGAGUUCGACAUUCAAUACGUCGCGCAGAAAGCAGUUAAAGGGCAAGCACUGGCAGACUUACUAGCGGGAAGUCCGGUAGAUGACAAUCCCGUACCUUUGUGGACUUACUUCCCGGAUGAAGAAAUAAUGACAAUUGAAGGCGAAGAAAGUGAAGAUGAGUCAGGAUGGAAAGUAUACUUUGAUGGAGCGGUCAACUUUAAAGGAUCAGGAAUCGGAGCCGUCUUGGUUUCAGACUCGGGCCAAUAUUAUCCAGUGGCGGCCAAGUUGAGCUUCAAUUGCACCAACAACAUGGCUGAAUACGAAGCAUGUAUCUUGGGUCUACGUUUAGCCCUCGACAUGGAUGUGAAAGAUCUUCAGGUAAUUGGCGACUCGAAUUUGCUAAUUCAUCAGGUUCGAGGAGAGUGGGCCACCAAAAAUGAAAAGAUCAUACCGUAUGUUGGACUUGUGCAAAGAUUGGAAGAUCGGUUCCAAGAAGUCAAGUUCAAACACAUACCAAGAACCCAAAAUGAGUUUGCUGAUGCAUUGGCAACAAUAGCAUCCAUGAUUCAGCAUCCCGACAGUAGAUACAUUGAUCCUGUCAAAAUUGAAAUCAGAGAUCAACCAGCCCACUGUGCUUUUGUAGAGGCAGAGACUGAUGGAAAACCUUGGUACGUUGACAUUAAAAUGUUCUUGGAGAAAGGAGAAUAUCCCGAAGGAAUCACCUUAAAUCAGAAGAGGACUAUCAGGAAGUUAGCGAAUGGUUUCUUCCUCAACAAGAAUGUCCUGUACAAAAGAACUCCAGAUUUGGGAUUGCUUAGAUGUGUUGACUCUGUUGAAGCUACAAAAUUGAUUGAAGAAGUGCAUGCUGGAACCUGUGGGCCUCACAUGAAUGGGUUCGUGCUAGCAAAGAAAAUCUUAAGAACAGGUUAUUACUGGAUGACCAUGGAGAAUGAUUGUAGCAAAUUUGUCCAGAAAUGCCACAAGUGUCAGAUUCAUGGAGAUUUGAUAAAGGUUCCUCCAACAGAACUGAAUGCUAUGACGUCACCUUGGCCAUUCGCCGCUUGGGGCAUGGAUGUCAUAGGACCAAUUGAGCCAGCUGCGUCAAACAAACACCGUUUCAUUUUGGUCGCCAUAGACUACUUCACCAAGUGGGUGGAAGCAACAUCUUAUUCAUCAGUAACAAAGAAAGUGGUCACAGAUUUUGUGCGCAACAACAUCAUAUGUCGAUUUGGCAUCCCAGAAUCAAUCAUAACAGACAAUGGGGCUAAUCUGAAUAGCCACUUGAUGAAAGACAUGUGUGCGCAGUUCCGAAUCACUCACCGAAAUUCAACCGCAUACCGGCCACAAAUGAAUGGAGCUGUAGAAGCCGCCAACAAAAACAUCAAGAAAAUCCUCCGAAAGAUGAUUGAUAACUACAAAGACUGGCAUGAACAAUUGCCUUAUGCAUUACUGGGAUAUCGCACUACUGCCAGAACUUCAACUGGGGCCACUCCAUACUUGUUGGUGUAUGGCACUGAAGCAGUAAUACCAGCCGAAGUAGAAAUCCCUUCACUUCGAAUAAUACAAGAAGCUGAGUUGGACGAUGCGGAAUGGAUCCGCAAGAGGUAUGAGCAACUGGCUCUGAUAGAUGAAAAGAGGAUGAUUGUUGUUUGCCAUGGUCAACUAUACCAACAAAGAAUGGCGCGAGCUUUCAACAAGCAUGUGAGAACUAGGGUUUUUCAAAUCGGGCAAUUGGUGCUCAAACGAAUAUUCCCUAAUCAAGAAGAAUACAAAGGAAAGUUCGCACCAAACUGGCAAGGGCCCUAUAUGGUGCGAAAGGUACUAUCGGGAGGAGGAGCAGUGGUACUUGCUGAAAUGGAUGGUCAAGAGUGACCAAGAGCAAUAAAUUCAGAUGCCAUCAAGAGAUACUACGUGUGA